AUGACUAGAGUAUUGGCUGGACCGUACUGCACACAAAUACUGGGAGAUCUUGGAGCAGACAUCAUCAAGAUCGAGCAUCCGACUCGCGGAGAUGAUACACGAGCAUGGGGACCUCCGUAUGCUUCAUAUACCGAGCAAAGCGGGAAGCAAGGCCAAGGCGAAAGUGCCUACUUCCUCGCUGUCAAUCGCAACAAGAAAUCUCUUGGCCUCUCCUUCCAAUCUCCUUCCGGCGUCGCAAUACUCCACAAGCUCGUCGAGAACGUCGACAUUGUCGUGGAGAACUACCUGCCCGGCGCCCUGGCCAAAUACAAGAUGGACUACGCCACGCUAUCGAAGAUCAAUCCGCAACUCAUCUACGCCAGUAUCACAGGCUACGGCCAAACAGGUCCGAACGCGAAGCGAGCGGGCUACGAUGUUAUGGUGGAAGCAGAAAUGGGCCUAAUGCACAUAACCGGCCACCGCGACGGUCCACCUGCCAAAGUCGGCGUAGCAGUAACCGAUCUGACAACAGGGCUCUACACCUCCAACAGCAUCAUGGCCGCACUCAUCGCCCGUUCCCGUCCCGGUGGUCGUGGUCAACAUCUCGACGUAUCCCUUGCCGACUGCCAAAUUGCCACUCUGGCCAACAUUGCUUCCUCCUGUCUCAUCUCCGGCAAGCCCGACACGGGACGGUGGGGAACUGCUCAUCCGAGUAUCGUGCCCUACAAGGGAUUUCCUACCUCGGAUGGAGAUAUCAUGCUGGGUGGCGGGAAUGAUCGGCUUUUUGGCGUGUUGUGUGAACGCUUGGGCAAGUCAGAGUGGGCGAAGGAUGAAAAGUAUAAGACGAACGCGGACCGAGUAGCGAGGAGGGAGGAAUUGGAGGAGCUGAUCAGUGAAGUGACGAGGACGAAGACGACGAAAGAGUGGUUAGAAGUGAUGGAGGGGAGCGGAAUGCCGUAUGCGCCGAUUAAUGAUGUCAAGACGACGUUGGAGGAUGAGCAUGUCACGGCCCGCAACAUGGUCACCUCCGUCGACCACCCGUCCUGCGGUCCGAUGAAACUCGUCAGUCCACCCGUCAAAUUCUCCGAGACAAAUCCUACGAUCCGCUCGCCGCCUCCGACAUUGGGUCAGCAUACCGAUGAGAUCCUGAUGGAGGUGCUUGGUAUGGAGAAGGGCGAGGUGGAGAGGUUGAGAGAGGAUGGAGUUGUUGCCUAG